GUUAUCUAUAGAGAGGAAUGUAUCGUCGCAUAAUUUUGGCAUUGUAAAUUUAGUUAUUUCAUGAUAUUUUAACUACUUUUUCACCGGACGUUAAAUUACCGGCGCAUUUGUACUGGAAUAUAUCCUUGUGUAAUCGGUGAGCGCUGCUGGAUAAGUUUCGAACAUGAGUUCAAACCAAGUUGAGGAAAAGUUGAUGAUAAAUAUACCUGCCCAGACAGAUGAAGAUAAAGAUGAUGUUUUCGUUGAAAAUAACGAAGACGACAGAAAGAAAACAGUUAUGUAUUCAGUAGAUGAAACUCUACCUUGGCAUCUCUGCUUGUUACUUGGAUUCCAGCAUUAUCUGACAGCUAUUGGUGGAAUCAUAUCAAUACCGCUGGUACUGGCAGAGUACUUCUGCAUGGAUAAAGACACCCUUGGUGUCAGUGAAGUAAUUGGUACUAUUAUUUUUGUGUCUGGUGUAGCAACAAUUCUACAGACAACCUUCGGUAUAAGACUACCGAUCGUGCAAGGAAGUACGCCAACUUUCCUCAUACCGACCAUUGCAAUAAUGUCACAGUCAAAGUGGGAAUGUCCGUACAAGGUAGCGAGAGAAAUAUAUGGGAAUAGUGUAAACUUCACUGACCUAGGUCUUCCGGAACCUGGAAGUGCAGGACAUCAGGAGAUCUGGAUGACACGUAUUCGAGAAAUCCAGGGAGCAAUAAUGAUAUCAUCCCUAUUCCAGGUUGUGAUUGGUUUAAGUGGGAUGAUGACGUUUGCGUUAAGGUUCAUUGGUCCUCUUUCCAUCGUUCCUAUAAUUACACUUACAGGGUUUUCUUUGUUUCCGGUUGGGUCCCAACUGGCCUCAGGACACUGGUGGAUUGCACUUAUGACUACGUGUCUGGUUCUCGCAUUUAGUCAAUAUCUAAAUAAUAUAAAAAUACCAGUUUGUACAAUUGACAAAACACGGGGCUGCCGAAGGAGCAGGCUUGCUUUCUUCAAUCUAUUUCCGGUGUUCCUGGCGGUAAUAAUAUCAUGUGUUAUUUGUACAAUAUUGACAGUAACUAAUGUUUUGCCAAAUGAUCCUGAUAAAUGGGGGUAUGCAGCAAGAACUGACUCAAAUCUUUAUGUCAUAAGAGAAGCUAAAUGGUUCAGACUCCCAUAUCCAGGUCAGUGGGGCAUUCCUACUUUAAGUGUAGCAAGUGUUUUCGGUAUGGUUGCAGGAGUGUUAGCCGCAAUGUUUGAAUCGGUCGGUGAUUACUACGCAUGUGCAAAGUUAGCAGGAGCGCCACCACCACCAGCACAUGCGCUUAACAGGGGAAUUUUUAUUGAAGGAAUAGCUUGUGUAUUGGCAGGAGCAUGGGGUUCAGGCAAUGGUACAACGUCAUUUAGUGAAAAUAUCGGUGUAAUUGGAAUAACAAAAGUCGGAAGCAGAAGAGUCGUGCAGGUUGGUGGUUGUAUAAUGCUUAUUCUUGGUUGCUUUGGUAAAUUUUCAGCACUGUUUACUCUAAUACCACCACCAGUCUUUGGAGGGCUUUUUAUGGUGACAUUUGGAAUGGUAGCUGCGGUUGGUCUCUCUAACCUUCAGUAUAUUGAUCUGAACUCCCCGAGAAAUCUAUGCAUUCUUGGAGUAUCGCUUUUCUUCGGGGCCAGCCUACCGUUCUGGUUACAGGGAAAUGACGCAGUCAAUACCGGAAGUGACGUAUUAGAUCAAAUAUUGUCAGUUUUACUAGGCACAAGCAUGUUUGUUGGCGGCGUUGUAGGAUUUGUUUUAGACAACACUAUUCCAGGUUCUGAAAGAGAAAGGGGUAUUAGAGCAUGGCGGGAGGAAAGUUUGAAACCUCACGAAAGGAAUUCAAUGGCUGAUGCAAGUGUAUAUAAUCCUCCAUUUCUCAAAACGUGUUUAUACAAAUAUAAAGCAUUUAGGUAUAUCCCAAUUUGUCCAGCAUUUUUAAACACAGUUUAUAAAUGUUGAAACUGCCUGUUGAUUAUUCGAUUUACAAAAACUCGAGGCAAUGGCUGCGUUUACAUUUUAUUUCUACAUUUUGUUAAACUUGAAAAUAUAAUCACAUGUUAAUAUUUUGUUGUAUGUAAAUAUUUUGUUUUGUGUACUGUUUUGCACUGUUUAAGUUUCAACUAAAUUGGACUGAUACUGGUAAAGUUUUGGCUAAAACAGAUUGCAUAAUUGUAUAUACUCUGAAUCGGGUGCCAUAAACACUUAAAUGCAUAUUUUAUACUUUGUCAUGAUAUUUUCGUCAAUCAUAUGGUGUAAACAUAUAAUUAAAGUUUUGUUACAUUUAUGCAAAAGUUAGAAGAUCUUAAUCCGCCCGCCUAGCUCAAUAGGGACAGCGCCGAUCUACGGAUCGCGGGGUCGUUAGUUCGAUGCUCGGGCGGGCCGUAUGUUCUCCGUGAGGAUUUGAUAAAAGACAUUGUGUCUGAAAUCAUUCGUCCUCCACCUCUAAAAACGGCAUUAAACCCAAACCAAACGACCAAACUGUCAUUCUGCAGUGAUUUUAAGAGAGUAAUCUUUAAAUUUGUAUCUUUGUUUAUAUCUUGGUAGUAAAAUCUUGUGUAUCUAGACUUGGCGAAUGAAAAUGAUUAACUGAAAAUAUCUAAAAACAUUUUAUAGGUCAAUUUUACUGUUAUGUCAAAGAUAAUAUUGUUGAGUUCUGUUAGAACUUUGGGAGCGUAAUGACAAUUUAUUUGCCCGUGAAUAAAUUUGAAUUUAUGUGAAUUAUUUCGGACAGGAAUGUGCAGAUUGUAAGUGUAGACAUAUUAGAAAGUAUAGUUUUAAAUUUGUGUUUAUGAGCAAAAGAUUAUAACAGCUUUAUAAAAGAAAAGAUAAGGGUAGAUUUCUCGGAAGCAUAGAGCACCCAAAACACAGCCAUGGAGCCAUGCAUCGCAUAGGCCCAUAACAAAAAGAAGCUGUAACGGAAAAAUAUUGUAGACGGGUUGCUUCAAAAAUUCAACAAUAAGUACAUUUUUAUUAUAUGCAAAGUACAGAAAAGAAAGGGGUGGGGGUAAAACUGGACUUAUUCUUGUGUCUUUUUCAUUUAACAUGUGUUUAUUUCUGUUAUAUUGAAAGUGGUGUGGUAAUAAUUAAAUUUGUUAUUGCAACACUUACUAUUAUGUAAACACUUUGUAUAGCACGGAAAGUGGUUUCCUUGAUUUGGUUAAGUCAACUUGAAUAUUUAAUCUAAGAACUGAAGCGCAAAAUGACGAUCGGUUCAAACUCUGGCCUCCAACUGCACAUUUAAGCCAGGCAGACCCGAGGUUUACGCCAAGAUCUCGAACGAAAAAAGACUUUUGUGAUGAACUUGAAUAUUUUCCUGUUUAGUACGCUAUAAACUGUACAUGUCCCAGGCAACUUAAGAAUAAUCGAUCGGGUCAGUAAUUUAGGGUUUGAUAACUAGGAAGUGUUUGGCCGCAAUAUUACAACGAUUGUUUUAUAUUUAAGUAGAUAUGUACACAUUUGUACUGGUAAAUACGUCCAUAGCUGUACAUGAAGAAGAAAUUAAAGUGUAUCGUUGUCUCGCGUUGGCGCUCGCGCCAAGACGACAAAACGAAACGUGCUUACAUAGCCACCCGAACGCCAAUGCGACAUAACAAAAUGCCCUAAAUCAGCCAACAUACAAAACUGAAAUCCGUACUACCUUGGUUAUAAGUUCAACGUUUUAUUUCAAAUUUAUAAUGUUCAAAAAUGAGCCCUCAAACUAAAGUAAAGAUCUUGCCUUUAAUUCUGUUUUUUAUGAAAUAUGUUCAAAAUCAAUUUCACUACCAUUCAGUUAGCACUGCUUUGUCAGACAAUUGUCUAGCAGAGUUUGCUAUUUAGCAGCUCGCGUACACACAAUUCACUGUUAAGUACACUUAUUUAAUUCAGUCGGCCAUUCCCAUUAAGAGAAAAGUUCUGAACUUGAUGAACCAGGGCCUGUAUUUGUUUAAGUGAAAAACAUAGAUUUACAAGUGAUGUUGAGGUUUAUUUGUCCGGUCUUAGGCUUAGUUUGCACAAAACCUUUGCACGAUUCAUAUUCGAAAUUCCAUUUGUACAAUGAGCUAUAAAUCACGACGCACUUUAUAAAAUCUGUAAAUUGUUUUAUAAAUAAACCACACGCUCCCAUUUUUCUUGUGAGGAAAAAACAAUGAUACACAUGCAUAACAUAAAUAUACUUUAUAAGCUAAUUAAACGUAUGAAAGAUCUAAAAUGACAAGGAAACAGUAGUCCAAUCAAAAUAUAUCUUUCAAACAAUAGUUUAAAAUUGAUAAACGUAUUUUGAUUGAAGAGUUUAGGUACAGAAGUAUAUUGAACAGACUGUGUUGCAAGUUUUCACACUUGAAAAAUUGAUGUUUUUUUUCUAUGCAAACAAUGUAGACAAAUUUAAACUUAUUUCUAAAGUCGAGAACAGCAACAAAAUAUGCCUUUAAGUGAAAAUACUUUAACUCAAAACAUGUUGCUCAAGUGAAGUUAACCACUUAAAUUUUCAACGUGUUCAUUUUUGUAUGUUCUUGUAUUAUGUUGAUGUGCAAUUGAACGUAAUGGUGGUGCUGGUUUUGAUUAGCAGCAGGACUGCAAUUCAAGUUGAACAACUUUUGAACGGUUGUUUGUGUAGAUCUAUAUCAAAUUAAAUUGUUUGACAGUGUUUUGUAGAAGAAUUAAUUACAAGUAUUCUAAAAGUAAUCAAGUCUAUAAGAUCAGUUGGAAGCAUAGAACUCACA